ACUACUUCCUGGCGAGACGGCAGAAAUCUUGCUAUUCAGCACCAAGUGAAGGUAGGUAGUAGACUGUUGCUUCUUCGAAAACACUCGAGAGCCAAUGAAGAAACCAUGCCCCUUCAGGUAAUGUGCGGUCCUGUGAGGGACUUACAUGGGUAACAUGUUUGUUAUGCAAAAAGUGGUGGGUGCCUCAGUCACGGGAGCCGCAGCUGUGCCGCCGCCCUGGGCAACCAUCAUUUCCCAAGCUGGAUCUCCCUUGCGACUGGAACUUACCAACUUCUACCUUAAAUCCCUGUCUGCAUCCUUCUCUCUCUAUUCCCUCUACGAUUUCAUCUAACUCCAUUUAUAUCUCUACCUUCUUCUCGAAUUGAACAUCUUCAUCAUGGGUGAAAGCAACCAGGCCACAACUCCCGGCUACGACCGCGCCGCUAACGCCCCCGAUGCGUCUGCUUUGGACAAGGGCAAGGGCCGGGCUACCCAGCCUACUCACGAAGAGAACGUGGAGGAAGAGGAUAGUGAUGAGAGUGAAAAUGAGGAGAUGCUCGAAGAUGAUGAUGAUGAUGAUGGAGACAACCUCGAGCCCAUCUCUGCGGACAACAUAAUUUCCGGUGGCCGUCGUACCCGCGGCAAGACUGUCGAUUAUCAGGCGGCGGCCGAGAAACUAAAAGCAGAAAACGCGAUGGACGACGACGAGGAUGAUGAUGAAGACUAUGUCGGCGCGGAAGAGGACGAUGAUACUGUCAUGCGCGGCUGAAGAGCAUGAUUUUCUAAUAACACGGACAAAAUCAUCAUAACAUACCACCAUUACCAUAGGGGCGGCGAGUGCGAACGGGCAAUUGGUUGAUAGGCGCAGGCAGGAUUUUCCGGGGACUUCAUCGGGUUUCUUAACGUCGGUUUGCUUUUGCGAUUUAAUCGAUGCUGGCUUUCUUCUAACUUGGGAUAAAAAAUAUGCUGUGCAUGUUCCUGUGUUUGUCCGCGCACGGAUCUUUGCUAUCUAUAUGUGCAUGCAUCCAUAAUCGGGGCCAUCCUGGGUUUACACAUAUCGCCUCGCGAGCGAUUGUAUAAACGAAAACUACAAUCCAAUCAAUUUACAAGAGCAUAGUGGGGUCGCUGAAAUGAAAAAUU